AUGAACCUGUGGCUGCUUCUUACUCUCACUGCUCUGGCUGAAUAUGCUUACCAAACGAGAGGCACCCACUCGUGCCCAGAUCUGUGCACUUGCUCCUUUCUACCUUCGAGUGCAGAGGUGGUGUGCCGCCAAAGCUCCCUCACAUAUUUUCCUGCAGAUGGUUUAUAUCCCAACAUCACACGAUUGUCCAUCCAGUCCACAAACCUCAGCUUCAUUACAGCCAGACAUCUGAGUUUUGUGCCUCUUUUAAACCACCUCCAGCUGUAUCACACUAAUCUUUCAAGCCUUCCUUCAGACCUACUGGGUGCCAUUCCUCACCUGAAUACGUUGGAUCUCACAGGUAAUCAUCUGAUUCAUCUGCCCCCAAAAGUCUUCGUCCAUUCCUUGCUCUGUAAUCUGGUGCUGAAGAAUAAUUUAAUUGAAAAAGCUCAUGGAGAGUGGUUUUCUGACAACAGCAGUCUCACCUGGCUGGAUUUGUCUGGGAACCGUUUAACGAGCAUUUCAGCUUCUCUGCUUCAGAAGCUGCCUCAUCUGGAAAAUCUCGACCUAAGUCAUAACCAUCUGCAAGAGCUACAGCCCGACACACUGGAAAACCUACAUCACCUCGAGACACUAAACCUCGCUGGGAACAAAUUAAUUUCCCUGAAGCCUUCAACGUUUAGUCACAACGUGAAACUCUCACAGCUGUUUCUGCAGGAGAAUCAGCUCCGAGAGCUGCCAGUGACGCUCCUCCAGGGUCUGCAACACCUUGAACUUCUGCUGCUUAAUCAGAAUCGGCUACGGUAUCUCCCCUCAGGUCUGCUGGAUGACAGAAAAUCCUCUUUUCAGAUGACCAUAACAGGGAACCCCUGGCAGUGUGAUGCCAACCUGGAGUAUCUGUGGAAGUGGCUCACUAACCAUCCUCAAAAUGUCUUCUUUCUAGAUGAGGUGGUUUGCGACGGCCCUGAAGCUCUGAAACAUAAACAAGUUGUUUCUUUAACUGACAGUCAGCUUGAUCUUAAAUAA